AUGGCUAGUAUUGACGAGGAUGAUUUAACUGACCUGGAUGAUCUUGAAAAGUCGUUCGACGAGCUAAAGUUGUUGGGUAUGUAUUUGCUAUUAAAUUUGACAUAUGUAUCAAUUGUAUAUGCGGUCUAGUCUGUACUAUAUUCAUUUUGAUAUAUUUAUCUUCCAAUAUGCUAUGAUAGAAUGUGAAGAAACCCUUACCAGCACUCCUGUGAAACGUCGGCCUUGUAAACGCAAUAUUUUGGAGGAUAUUAAUAACACCCAUUCAGAGUCGAGUGAGUUAUUAACCAAGAAACAUGCAUUGACUCCAGAAUCGAAGGCCUCUGGUCUACCAGCAAGGAAACGAACAAUGACUGGUAAGCUUUGAAAAUGUUCAUUGAAAUUGGUCACCAUUAAUUAAGUAGGACUAGAUCGUACUGCAUAUUUGAAUAUUUGAUAGCAUUGUAAAUUUAACUUGUGCCAUUAUUGGCCAUUUGAGACCAGAAAAAAUUUUGUUUGCCAAAUAAAUAGACUGUUUAAUAUUCUUAGUUCGAUUACUGUUUAUAUAAUAUUGUCUUGAAAAUGAAGUAAAUUUUGUCGGAAAAUAUUGGACAAUUCUACAAUUAAAGGCAGCAAUAUAUAACAUUUUAGAUCAUAUUGUAACUAUGGCAACCACCUGAUUUCAGUCCAAUAUAUAGCCAUAUAUAUGCAGGGGUAUCCCAAGAGAUAUAAACAUUUUUUUCUUAAAAUGUGCAUAAAAGCUUUGAAUUUGUGUAUUUGCCUUAUUUAAAAACCAUUAAUAUUCUUGCCUUUUUACGUUACAACAUACAUACAUGUUGUUUUAUUUCCAGGAUGUUCUCUAAAUGCCAGGGAAAUUCGUAGUCGACAUGAAGUUAUAUAUUCUCGCCUCUGUGAAGGGUUUGAAGAGAAAAUGGGCUCUGUAACGAACCAAACUGCUUUGUUGGAGUACCUGAAUGUUGAUGAGAAUGACAAAAGCCUUCUUACAAGAGCAGUAAAGGCAGUGUUUCCGGCAGCCGAUCUCAGAAGAAUCCGGAAAAAAAAUUAUCCCGAAAUGUAUCUUUUGUUCAGUAAAGUUCUUCUUUGUACUACAUUGUAUUCUUGGGUUUCACUAUGGCAUAAUGCAGUGAAUCUGGGGGGGGGGUCAACCUCAAAUGUAUUUAAUAUGCUUAUGCUGUACUGGAGUGAGAAAAUGAUACGAAAUUCCACACAUUUGCCACCAAACACAAGGCUAAUACACUCUGAUAACUAUGUUUUGUUUUAGAGUUCACCCCCCCCCCUGCCGUCACUUUUGUGACAUCAUAUGAAACCCAAGAAUAAUUGUUCAUACUUUUCACAAUGGGUCAUUCCAGAAAACAUCCAUACCACCCCCACAGAGGAAAUAGGAAGUUAACCCCCCUACCCCCUUUGGAUGUCCUAAUACAUUUACUAUUAUCAGAAACAUUUUUGUCUCCCCUCCCCCUCCGGACGGCAGAAAUUUCCUCCGUGGGGGGAGUAUGGAUCUUUUCUGGAACAACCCAAUUUGAAUAUAUUAUAUGACCAGGCAACUAAAGAACCUUGCAAGUGCAACAACUGUCUUAGAUUUGUCCUGUGUUAAUGGCAAAAUAUGAAUAUGUUGCACUAGUGAUUAUGAGGUAGUUAGGGCCCAAAAAUUAUUGGGAUUAACAUUCAGGCUUAAACCUUUUGAAUUUUACAAGGAGUCUCCAGUUGUUUCCUUAAGUAAUUGAAAGAUACCAAUAUCACAAUGUUGGUGCAAAGACUAACUUUUGGAAGCCGGAAUACUUUGACAAUGAUGAAGGUAUGUGUUAUUUACAGUUAGAGUACAGUAGUUGUGUAAAUAAGUAGUUAAACUGUGGUCCCCUAAUUUUAUUGGUAAUGAUUGUGUAUAAAUCCUUAUGCAUAACAAGAUGUUAACAUUGCCUCUGCUGACACUUUCUAAUGUCACAUUUUUUUCCAAUUUAUUGUAGAUGAAAUCAACUCAAUAAAAAUGAAAAUAAAUGCAUCCAAGGAAGUAAUGGAGCAAAUAUGGGUUCAACUGUCAGAUAAACUUCAGGAAAGUCCAGAUAUGAUCACCCUUGCUGAACAAUAUGCAAGAGAGUCGUUUGAACAUGACAAAUAUGUACAUGGUCUGGUCAAUUUGUAUGAAGAAGAGAUCCAGAGAAUUAACAGACAGAAAGAUGAUAUAUUAAGUUCAGAACAGAAGAAGUUGCUGAAUGAAGAGGUUCGUCAUCUUAGAUCACUUAACGAAUUUAAAGAUCUAAGAAAAAGUGGCAUUGGUGUACGCCAUGAUCUUAUUACCCCUGAUCUAUUUAAUGCAUUUUGCACACAAGUGAAAGAAAAAUGCCCAUUAAUUGACAGUAUAUUGGAGACUAUUUGUACCACAGCCAAUUCAGAAAAUAAUGUGAGAAAGACUAAUGAAUUAAAGUUCAAGUGUGCAUCCCAUGCAUUAGCUUCCUUGCUGCACAUACGGUCAUCAAAAGAUUCUACUGACUUUUCAUUAUUAUUUGGACUAUUAUGCAUUAGUUAUGGAGCAGGGAAGCAAUUUGUCAACAUGUUAAAUGCAAUUGGACUAUCACUUCAUUGGGAUACAAUGUAAGUACCGUAAUUAUAUUUUUUAAUAUACUGUACAUAUUUUAUUAGAUUACUCUAUAUUACACCAGAUGAUUUUACUUGUCAGGGGGGGGGGGGAAAGUUUGCACGCCACUUAAUGGGUGAAGAACUAAGGUCAAAGUUUAAGUGUCAUAUAUUUGCAAUAGCCGUAAAUACAGGGUGUGUAUAAAAAAAUUAGCUUUGUUAGUGAAUGUUAAACAGAUUGUGUGAUUAAUUUAGUUAAUUCAAGACUAUGAAAUGUAUGAAACAUAGUAUACACAUUCAUGUGGUGAUUAACCACAUUUUUAUCUGUGUACAGCAUGAAAUUUUUAGAUCAACGACUAAACAACUUCACAAGUAUUAUAAAGGAGAAGUUUCCUGCUGAUGUUCCUGUUAUACUUUUAAUGGAUAACAUCAAUAUAUAUAGAGGAAAACACAGACACCACAGGUUGUAUAAAGUUCUUGGCCCAACAAUGUGGAACUUCACAGGAAGAGGUGCUCUUGUUCCCAAUUUGACAGGGAUUGAGCAUUUGUUCCACAAAGAGGAGACAUGUAUUCUACCGCAAAAACCCAUUCUGGAGUUGAAAGCAAAUGAUGUAAUAAUUGGUAAGUAGUUAUGCAGUCUACUGUUCAGUACAUGUAUGUGUGUGUAUAGCAAGAUAAAAUACUAAUUAAUCUUUCUCACAGGGUCCGAUAUCUGCCAUUGUUUUUGAUACUGUCUUCAUAUAUCAGAGAAUCUAGACAAUCCAAACAAUAUGAAAAGCAACUUUUCAAAAUUGUAACUGUACUGUACAUGUAAUAUUAUACACACACAUAUACAUUACAGAUUUACAGUCAUAAUUAAAAGUCAUUUUUCAGUACUUACACUCUAAGGGUUGUGAGUGGCAGACUGGCAGUACCACGAAAAGUGAUAGAUAAACCCAGUGUUUUCAAUGACAAUUGUAAUAGCAUGCUGCGGUUCAAAAAUAGGCGUCUGUUCUCAAAGUUCACAGAAAAUGUACAAAUAUAAAUUGUACGUAUAUACAAAGAAAUAUGCAAGCGUUAAAGGCGGUAACCGCCUUUUAUUGAAAACACUGUAAACCCAGCAUCGGAAAGGCUAAUUGUGAUUGAUGGAAAGUGAAAUAAAUUGAAAUUAUUGUCAAAAUAUUUGUUAUUACCUGUAUGCACCUUGCACUGCAUUGGAUUGAUUGGAAACAUUUCUUCACAAAAUUGUUAUAUGUGGGGCCUUUCUACCUUUCUGGGGACUUAGGCCAAAUUUUCCACCACACCCUUGGCUAUUUGAACUGCAGUGCUAAACUGAACUGUUAAGGCCCGUUUACACGGAAAAUUUUUGCUGCGAUUUUAUAGUUGCGAUUUUCUCCUUUUGGAGGAUGUGAAGGAGUAGAUUACUUAAGAUGUUGUUAUAAGGUUUCACAACCUAGAACAUUUAUAACUCAUUUACUCCUUCACAUCUUCCAAAAGGAGAAAAUCGCAGCAUAAUGAGUGAAAGAACAUAAUGUGUGAAAUGUAUUUUGACAGAUUGCUGUUAUUAUUCUUAAAUGUGCAUAAUAUAUGGUUUGUGAUGUAUUUUUCAGAUAACCACCCAGAACAUGUGAAAUUAUGGAAUGAUUUCCGUGAUCAGUAUUUUCUUCAGCUUCUUCAAACUGGGUUAAAUUGCAUCCCACAGCCCGAUAAAGAUUUUGCAACUAUGACUGAAGAAGAGUUCAUGGAGUGGCUGAAAAAGCAAACUGUUGAAGGUGUUCAGGUAAAGGAAAAUUUUGUCAUUCAAGUUGCAGAUGUGUUAAAACCGUCUGUUGACAGCAGUUUUAAAUCUAGUGAUGUGGUAAUAUUACCUUUAUCAGUUGAAGAUAAUUCAACUAUAAAUGGCACUGCAUCAAUUUUGGAAGAGUUUGGUAAAGAAUUUGGCAUUGAUUGCAACCACCAGACUUCAUUCCUUCCUUUUGAUGAGAACAAAAACGUUUUUGAUUUGAAAGCAUCUCGUAACAGAUAUGAAUUCAUAACACACUUGGAGGAACACAAGAAAACGAUGUUGGAAUAUAAAUCCCAACUUGACAGUACUGAGAAAGAUUUUGAACACAAUUCAUGUGUCUUUCAGUCUGCUGAGGAUGACAAGGAAACAAAUGAAGAAAGUGAUGAUAAUGAUGAUGAUGCUGAUGAAGAGUCUGCUCUAAGCCAGUUAAAGAAAAAAAAAUUCCAGAAAAUCGAUGGGGCAUUUAAGAAAGUCUAUGAUGGAGUUGUUAAGAAAAUGUGGAAAGCAGCACACAUCUCAGAUCCACAUGCAUUCGAAAAAUUCUUAAAGGAAAUGGAAUAUAAGCGCCACGAAUGGGACACAAAUUCCAUUGCAGACCAUUUUGGAAGAACAAUAUUGCAUGCUGCUGUUGAGGACAAUAAUGUAACACUAGUGAAAACAUUGAUCACUGUUGGUGUUGACAUCAAUUGUUUGGAAGGAUGUGGUGCCUCACCACUAACAUUAGCUGUCAUAAAUAAGAAUGAAGGUAUUGCAAAGGUACUUCAUGAUAAUUUUGCCUUAAGUUCAGGUGCACUUUUUACAUGCAUGCCCAGUCCACUUGAAAUUGCAAAAGUUAUGGAACUUGAUACGAUGGUAAAACUGUUUGAGACUGAUCAGGAUUACAUAGAGGAUAAAAUAUUGCUACAAAGCUUUGAACAAUGUAAACCAGUUGAUAGUUCCGACAAAAUUGAAAUACCAGACGGUGAAAGUCAAGUUUUUAAGUUCAAUCGAUCUGAAUGCAGAUCAUGUCCUACGAUAAUUGUUGGUGACAAUGGGACAAAUAAAAUAUGUAGAAGUGUGAAGAAUCGGGCAUCGUAUGCGUUUAACUGGUGUUCAGAAUUUCCUGGAGACAUGCACACGAAGGGAUACUUGUGUGAAGCAUGUUACAAAGCAAUGGCCGAUGGUGGCUUUCAUCAUGUAAUUCAUACCGUAAUGAAACGACCAAAGCUAACGCGAGAAGCAUUUGGGAAAAGAAAGUUCCAAGACCAAAACUUGAGCCGUAUUAAAGAGGCAGUGCGGGACGGGGGUGUUGCUUUCGGUCUUGCUGCUGUACAAGAAUUUAAGAAGUCUGUGUACUUCCCUACAAAGUCGCAGUUAAUGGAAUCAUUACGUCGUACAGGAUCGCACAAUGAGGCCCUGUUAACAGGUUUCAAGAAAUGGUUGCAAGAUGGAAGUGCAGACGAUGCCUCUUUCAAGUAUAAUACAGACCUCAUCAGCUUAUAUGCACCCUUACUUGAACUCUAUUGCAAUGUUACAAAGUGUUGUGAUGGGCUAGGCAGAGAGGUAGUAUGGUUUCUUCUGUUACCGAUAUUUUGCCAACUUCGCAAAAGAAACUAUUGGACAGAAUCUCUUGUACACAUUGUCAAUUUUACCACCAAAUGGCCUUUAGCUGUGAGAAUGAUGAUGCGACAGAACUGUAGUGUAAGUAUAAAAGGAAACAGGAAUGCCAACAUUGCCCUGGAUGAGUUUGUUGAAACUUACAUAGUACAACCCCUCAAGAAAUAUGUGUCAGGUAUGCAAAUAUACAAUAUGCACUAUAUUAUUUCUAAAACUGAAUCAAUUUGAGUAAAAUGAUGAAGCAAGGCUCAUUAGAGUACAAUGCAACUUAACCCGUUAAGUGACAAUGUGCACUGAUACACCCUACUUUAUUACUUUACUGUCAACAGAUGAUUCACUAGUGAAGGGAAGAGUGCUGUCACUCAAUGGGCUAAUGAUAAUCAUACUGUAGCAAAUGUGUACAUGUAAUGUUAUUAAGUAAUUGGUAAGGAUACAACACCUCCAUUAUUACAUGUAUGACCAGAUUAAUUAAUGACUUAUAAGAAUUAUAAUGACCUACCAAUAUUCUGGGCCGUAACUAGACGCGAUAAUUGGGACCCCGCAUAUUAUUCUGCCGACGGACUUCUUUUGGAAGCGAUUGUUUUACGUUAUGUGAACAUGAAUACCGGAAUAUUCACCCCACCACCAAUUAUUGUCUAGUUACGGCCCUGCCAAUAUUGCUCCGAUGCAUAUCAAAUGACAACUUUCGGAAUUAAUUUGAUAAACUUUGGAAAUGAAUGUGUUUAUACUACUUUUGCUUACUCCAAAAAUUACUUACGCUGCUGCAGAGCCGUUAAAAUGUUGCUAUUGUGACAUGGUAUUUUUGGUCAUAUGUCUUACAUGGUUGUUUCCAUGCCAAGUUUGACUAUAUGCCAAAUUCAAUAUACCCUUAGGACCAAUGUUGAAAUAUUCAAACUGGAUUUAUGAAGAACUUGAAAAUUUUAAAACCAUUUUUAACCUAUUUCCUAUUUCCCUUUAACGAGACCAAUAGGAAAUAUUUUAUUCUUGUUUUACAAAUGUUUUAUAUAGGACAUACGACUGUGAAAAUGUGCAGGAGGCUUAUGGCCAAUGUACAAAUUUUUGGACAAGUGAGAAAUGCUUACACCGACCAUUCUGUGUUUGAUGUUCAUGUGACUACAAAGCACAAAGAACAAGACCCACUACCAGAUCAAUUAAAAGGCAUGCAGUUCUGUUUGAAAGAAAAGUUUUUCUCUCCACAAAAAGGCAAUAAGUUCAUCAACAAAUAUGUUGAUGGAAAAAAGGAUGGUCAUGUAAAGAACAGUCUGGUAGAUGUUUUCACAAAAGGUGUGAAGAAGGUCCAAGACAACUUUGACCAUAAGAUGUUUGAAUUAUUUCCAGAAUGGAGACUAGGAAAAAGAAGUGAAGGUGAAAAUGAAUAA